AUGCUCUUACAUCUGGAAUUUAACAGAAAUUACAGAACUGCAAGACUGAAGCUUCCAGUUGCCAAAAGACACUCAGAUUUGCAGAUAGCAGAAGAUGAAGAAGACGAUGAAAUUCCAAAAAGGACAAAAAGAAAGAAAAUAGCAAACACAAGAUUUGAUAGUGAUAGUGACGGUGAUGACUGGAGCAAACCUAAAAACUAUCUACCUUUGCCACCCAAGAUAACUCCUCCUCAAAAAUUUUCAAAAUCAACCACCAAGAUGUCUGCUGACCAUGGAGAACUUGGACGAAAUGCAAAAUCAAUGUGCAGGAUGCAUCAACCUGACAGUGUUCAGCUACAUUCUGAAUGUAGGUUCACUGAAUGUGGAGGAUGCACUCAAGAAAGGAAAAGCCUGAGAAAUGAUUACAGAAAUCAAAGUGCAUCUACAGUGGAACAGCACCUAACCCCACAGUGUGUGGAAAUUCCAGAUACUGCAUUUAGACACUGGUCUACCUCACAACAAAAUGAUGGACCAAAUCAAGACAUUUAUGGCCCCAUUCUUCGAAACAUUCUUGUUAAGCAGGAGAUGAUGAUGGAGCAAGUCAAAGUGAUUUUAAAAACCGUACAAGACCUUCAUGAGAAAUGCUGUAGUGACAGUUGUUCAGAUCCAGUGCUGGAAAAAGACAUUCUUCCACUACAAGAUCUCACAUCCCUGCAACAGCUUGAAAGUGACCUAGCGGUUGGUGUAAAUAAAAAAAAAAAAAAACUACCAGGUCAAGAUGUAAACAAACUAAGUGGCUGCUCAGGGCCCUCUGGCUACCAAGGAAACCCCAGUUGA